CUGAAGGAGGGUCCGGGCUCCCACGCGGCCUCCCUGCCCGUGCACGCCGCCCAGGGCUUCUACCCCUACGGCCAGUACCCCUACGGGGACCCGGCCCGGGCCAAGACGGCCACCAGGGAGACCACCAGCACGCUGAAGGCCUGGCUGCAGGAGCACCAGAAGAACCCCUACCCCACCAAGGGGGAGAAGAUCAUGCUGGCCAUCAUCACCAGGAUGACCCUCACACAGGUGGGUGUGCGUGAGAGUGUGUAUUAUGUGUCAGUUUAUGGUUUAUAA